AGUUGUCAAAUGGGAUCAACAAGCUUCUCGCAGACUCUAAACAUGAGGAUUUACAUUUUUUGUCUUUUUUACAUCAACCUUUAUGGUACAUUUGUGGGUAUGUGUCCAAUGUUCUGUGAAUGCAGGAAUGGGGAGGUAUUUUGUGUAAAUUCAGGAUUGUCCCACGUUCUUCAACUUCGUUCAUCAAGACACCUCAGGCUGGCUGGCAAUCUCACCGACUGCAUUCAUCCAUCUGGUUUCCAGCUGUACACAAAUGUGAGUGUUUGGAAUUUUCAAUCAAAUUCAACUAAGCCAAGUAAUUAUGGUUCAUUCUAUCAGUUCAGGAACCUCAGAGAACUUCACCUAGGUUUCAACCAAUCGGCACUGGAUUGUCAUUUACCCUUUGGACUAGCUAUUGCAAAUAUGAGUCAACUAAACAAUGUUCCCAAAGAAGUGGAUACCAGUUUAAAGUGGCCCAACAAAUUGCACCUCAGUGACAACAGUCUCAAACUGACAGAAAAACCAACAGGUCUAACAUCACUGGAGAUUAUACCUUUAGAAGACACGCAGAUCAAGUUUAUCACAACAUUGAUGAAGAAUACACUCAAAGGACUGCAAAGACUAAAGACAUUGAAUCUAUCAGGCAACAGGCUAUCAAGCUUCCCUGGUGGCAUUUUUAACCUACUUUCCUCUCUCUCUGAACUCAUGCUUGACAACAAUCUCUUGUCCGAAGUCAAAGAAUCAGAUUUGAAGGACUUGAUAAAAGCAAAGGUGUUAUCUUUAAGUCAUAACAGGCUCUCUCAGAUACAUCCUUCUGCAUUCAGAGAGUUGUACAACCUAGAAGUCCUAAAAUUGAAUGGAAAUAAUAUUUCUGAGAUAAAGAAACUCACAUUUCGAUAUUGCAGAAACCUCAGAGAUAUCGACCUCAGCGAUAAUGCCAUUUCAAGUCUGGAUGAUUUUGCUUUUAGUGGUUUAUCCAAGUUGAGAAGUCUAAGGCUAAACAACAACAGACUCAUCUACAUAAAUCCUCAGGUGUUUGGAGACAGCACACAGUUACAAUCCCUUGACUUGACAGGGAAUGUAUGGAGGUGUGACUGUAGAUUACUGUGUCUGAAGAACUGGCUGGAGGCAGGCAGAAACGGCCUUGUCACUGUGAAGUGCUCUCAUCCAGAAACUCUGAAAGGUCAGUACCUCCACACUAUCAGCAGUGCACUGAUCCACAGCACUGGCAGCCCGUGCAGCAGAGCACACACUCGUGUUCAAUCAAAGCCUACCCACUCAGGCAGCGGCUCACGGGUGACCAGACAAACCUGUCAUGAUGGUGACAGAUACCACACUCACCGAAGAGUGGGCAGGACCGCUCCACGACUUAUGAUCAGACAUAGAGAAAUAGGAAACGCUCUAGAAUCAAAGCAAUACCAGGAUGGCUCAACAGGGGGCCUCUUGACCCCUCAAAACAAAACAGCAGCUGCAAUAGUUGCUAGAUUCUCUAACUCAACCAGAGGAAAGGCCACGGAGGAGAACAUAGCCAGAGAUGCGUGUUCUUACAACCAGCUGGUUAUUUUCAACAUCUCUGCUGUGACAGUCACUUCCAGCUCAGCUCUCAUAAAAUGGGUUCUGGCCAGAAAUGACAUCCAGAACGUUCACUUCAGAGUCAUGUAUGAUCACUUCCACACACACACACGCUUCAGCCGCUUUGUAAAUGUUAAACAAGGCACAGUGUGUAACCUAUGUGACCUGCGGCCCUCUACACCAUAUCUCGUCUGCGUGGAGAGUGUGGUGGAUGAGAAAGUGUGCCAUGUGGCAUCACGUGAUCUUUGCUUGGGUAUUAUCACAAAGCCUGAGGAGAUGUCCAGCCCUGAGCCUCAAACUAUUGUCUUAUUCUUCACUGGAGUUAAUGCUUUUGCUAUACUAGUCAUUUUGGCCCUGUUUGUUCAUUUGGGUUGUGUUCUGAGAAAGAAGUUGCAGGCAGAUGCCAUAAGCUUGCUUUAUGCACGAGAUAAGAGCAUCUCCUGUGCCAUGUGUGCUGGAAUACCCCUGUCAGAUCGGAAUUCUGGGAUGAAUACCACAAGCUCCCAUACAGGAACAUAUCAACAAAGUGAUGCCAUUGAUGUCAUAGACCUACCAGCUGCACGUUAAACAGAAGACUGACCAAACGUCACGUUACUCAAAUUGCAUGCAAAACAGUGAACAUAUUACAAAGGCUGGAGAGGAGCCAUCAGACAAUCCUUACUUUGCAUUUGUUUUUAUGUACCUUUUGUCAAACAAUGUAACAUGCAUUGUACACUGUCAAUGGCAGUAUAUUAUUUUGAUAGCAUUCCUAUCAAUGGAACAGUGGAGGAAGCUUAUAUGUAUUAUGCAUUUAUGGUAAUAACAUGUCAGCUAAAACUUUAAUAUAGUAAAUCCUCAAACAAAA